CUUUUCAUAGUUUAGUUACGAUUUCGAAAACGACCCGACGCGUCCCGCCGCCGGCGACAACCCUAUUUCUCGAAUUUUUUUUCGCUUUAUCUUUGUCAAUUUCUCGAACAUCGUCGUUUAACUAUUUGACUAAUUGUGUGUGUGUUUUGAUUGUGUAUUGACUAUCUGUGAAUUUGGAUUACUUGAUCGGUCAUCAAACGGUCGCUAGCUCGUCCGUUUUCCAAAGAAGAAGCUUCAAUUUUUCAACCAGUGAUGACAAACAGCUAGCAAUAUGGGGGUGACCGACGAUUUUGCCCCGAGCUUCACCCAGAAGCCGCAGCUGCGCCAAGAGGAUGAUGGCAAUAAGCUCAUCUUCGAGUGCCAACUUCUGGCUUCGCCGAAGCCAGAGAUCAGCUGGUACCGCAGUGAUGAACUGCUCAAAGAGGAUACUAGGACACAAUUUAAGAUCCAGAGCAUCGCCAACAACAAGUUUCUGGUGGUGCUGGAGCUGGACGAUGUGAUCGAGACAGAUGCGGGGCUCUACAAAGUUAAGGCUAAAAAUAAGAUGGGCGAGGUGGCCGCCUCCAUCAACCUUAACUUCAGCCCCGCUGACGAAGACAAACAGAAACAAGUAGACGGUAAAGCGCCAACGUUCGCGCGCAAGCCAGCCAUUCGACAAGAGGACGAUGGCAAGCGACUUAUAUUCGAGUGCCGUAUCGAGGCCGAGCCGGUGCCCAGUGUUGCCUGGUUCCACAAUACAGCGGAGGUCUCACCAGGACCAAGACACAAGUUAACAGUAAGCAAAGACGGCAAAUCAUAUUAUGCAUCAUUGGAAAUCAACAACGUGACUGUGGAAGAUGCGGGCAAGUACCGCGUGACGGCCAAGAACGAACUUGGAGAAAGUAAUGCGACGAUCAGCUUAAACUUCGACAGCGACGAAGCGCCCGUGCCUGAAGACUUUAUCAAACCGACAUUUACGGAGAGACCUGUCAUCAGGCAAUCGGAAGAUGGUACCAAAAUCACUUUCGAAUGUCGAUGUGUUGGCAAACCGAAACCAACCAUUACAUGGUACCAUGGAAAGAAAUUAAUUAAAGAAAGCAGUCGAUACAAAAUAUCAUUAGAAGAGGAUCAAACAUUAUAUCAUAUGGCGCGACUAGAAAUUGUAGGCGUAGAGAAUUCAGACAAGGGAGAAUACAGGGCUGUGGCUAAAAAUAAACACGGUGAAGGCGUAGCUAAAAUAAACUUAAAUUUCCAGGGUGGGGAUAAACCAAAAAUCCCAGAUGGCAAAGCACCUAGAUUUCCCAAAAAACCUACAAUUAGACAGGAAGGGGAUAUUUUAAUUAUGGAAUGUAUACUUGAAGCAUACCCCGUACCAGAUAUUACAUGGUACCACGGUGAUAAAGAAAUAAGGGACGGUGCUAAAAUGAAGAUGUCUAGAAAAGCCAUUGGGAAAGAUACAUUUAACCUUACCUUAGAAAUUUUAGGUCCUACUAAGGAAGAUGGUGGAAAUUAUAGAUGUAACGCUUUCAAUGUGUUUGGUGAGAGCAACGCCAAUAUUGCUCUAAACUUCCAAGGUGGGGAUGACGAAAAUGGUUUUGCACCAUCAUUCAUAGAAAAACCACGAAUCAUUCCCAACGAAGAUGGCACACUCAUUACAAUGCGUUGUGUCUGUAAAGCCAAGCCGGCGGCUGAAGUAACGUGGUACCGAGGCACGACCGUUAUCAAGGCUAGCAGCAAAAUACAAAUUAAAUCAUCUGUAAUAAGCGAGGACGUUUACGAGUUGGUAUUGCUGAUAUCAAAUCCGACGGCAGCAGAUGGUGGCGCUUAUCGCUGUCACGUCCAAAAUGAAUUUGGUGAAAGCAAUGCUAACCUCAACUUAAAUAUUGAGGCUGAACCAGAACCUGAAGGAGAGGGACCAACGUUUGUUGAGAAACCUACCAUUCAGUCUAGAGAAAACGGAAAACUCGUAGUAAUGGGAUGUAAGGUAAAAGCUAGCCCGAGACCAACGAUCAUAUGGUACCACGAGGGUAAAGAAAUCAGGGACUCGUCGAAAAUAAAAACCAGGGUCGAAGUUAAAGAAGAUAUUUACACUAUCAUUUUGGAACUUGUAGACCCUGGUAUGGAAGACUCCGGAUUGUAUAAAUGCAAUAUCAAAAAUGAACUUGGAGAGCUCAAUGCUAAUCUAACGCUCAAUAUUGAAAUCAUUCCAGUUAUAAAAGAAAAACCAAAGAUCAUUAAGAUAGUUAAAAAGAAGACUGUGAUUGUUGAAUGUAAAGUAUUAAGUAAAUUUGCACCUUCUUGCACAUGGUUUAAGGAAGCCAGUGCUGUUAAAGAAGAUUCUAGACACACGGUGCUAAUUGAACCUGUCAGAGAAGGUGAAUUCGCAGUCAAAUUAGAAAUCUCUAACGUAUCACAACAAGAUAAAGGAUCAUACAAGCUUGUUGCAAAGAAUGAAAAGGGAGAAGCGACUUCACAACAAGUCGAAAUCACUGAAAUUAUUGAAGAGAAAGGAGAAAAACCACAAAUCAUCAAACAUCUCCGAAGUUUGGCCAGGAAAGAAAAUGAGGAAGCUGAGUUCGUAGCAGUUCUUAAAACGUCAGAUCAAUCCUGUAGAUGUACUUGGUACAAAAAUUCAACAGUGAUUAGAGAGUCCUCAGAAGUAAACACGUCAUUUGAUGGUACUAAUGCACGUUUGAUUAUCAGAAAAGUAUCAUCAAAAUAUGUUGCUAACUACAGAGUAGUUAUCAAAAACGAAUUUGGUGAAGAUGAAUCAAGUGCAGAUUUAACACUCACUGAAGAAAAGAAAAAGAAAAAGGAAGAAGAAGAAGAAACUACUGUAAUAGAGGAGUCUGAAGAGGAAAUGUCGAUUGUAGAAGAAAAAUCUAUAAUCGAAGAAAAUCAUGUCGAAGAAAAAAGGCAGAAAGAAGAGAAAAAACAAGAAGAAGAGGAGGAACAGACUAUUAUUGAACAAAAGAAAACAGCAGCUAAAAAGGUAUCAAAGAAAGAAGAAGUAAAGGUGGAAGCUAAAAAGGAAGAAGUUCAAAUUGAGGCAAAGAAAACUGAAACUAAAGUCGAAGCAAAGAAAGUAGAAUCUAAAGCGCAAGAACAGAAAAAAGCUGAAGUAGAAAUAGAAGAGGCUAAAAAAAUAUUGGAAAAGAAAACAGCUAAAACAGAAGAAGAAAAGAAGGCCCUUCUAGAGAAAAUUGAGAAAAAGAAAGUAGAAAAAGUACCUGAAGCUGAACCUAAAAUAGAAGGCAUUCCGAAACUAAAACCUGUUAAACCUAAGGAAGAGCCUAAGCCACAAGAAGAAAAGAAAGAUACUAAAAAGACCGAAGAGAAAAAGAAAGUUGUUAAGAAGAAGGUUGUUACUAAAAAGAAGGAGGCAGACGAUGUGAUGGAGUUCGUUGACGAUUACGAGCGCCCUGUACUGGAGAAAUAUGAAAAAAUUACACCAACACCUCUCGAAAAGAGACCAAAAGUUAAUGACACACUAAAGACAAAACGCGCAUCCAUAACUGAGAGUGUUGAAAGUCAACCGGAGGAAAGUGACGAGGAACCUUCAAUGGCCACUCCGACACCGGAGAAAAAAACAAAAGUAGAAACCAAAGAGAAGGUUCAAGAAGAAACUAGGCGUUCAAGCAUUAAAAAAAGUGUACUUAAGCCUGAGGAACCCGUUGACGAAUUAGGUCAAGUUAAAUUGUCUAAGGCUCCCACAAAACCGGUAACGGAAGCACCUGAAGAACCACAAGUAGCAAAGACAAAUAAAACAAUUAAAAAGCCUGAUGAGCAAAAAGAGUACGUGGAUGAUUACGAAAGGCCAGAUCUAGAAAAAUAUGAUAAAAUCACUCCUACGCCGUCUGAUAAGACAAAGAAGCAGAAUGGAGUUAGUGAGGAAUCAUCUGAGUUUAUAGACGAUUAUGAAAGGCCACAACUUGAAAAAUAUGGAAAAAUCUCACCUACACCAAAAGAUAAACGACGUCCUAGUGACACACAGGAUGAAGUUGACAUGAUGAAGGGUAAAAUUAAACCUAAACAAAAAGAAGACGAACCAGAAAUGCCAACUCUACGAAAACGAUCUAUUGCAAAAGAUAAGGAAGAGGAGAAAAAACCCGACGAGAAACCAAAACCAAAAUCUAUUAAAAAAGAUGAGACAAAACCUAAAAAACGUCCUUCUCUCAAAGAAAAGGAGGUUGAGGAAGAAGAAUUUAUCGACGACUACGAGAGACCAGUUCUCGAAAAAUACGAGAAAAUCAGUCCAACACCUAUCGAGAAAAAGAAAAAGGAGGAUAAAAAGCCAGAAGAAGCAACUCCUUCUGUAACUGCGCAAAGGCGUCGUUCCGUAAAAGACAAAGAUAAGCCUGAGCCUAUGGAGGUCGAUGAAACUGUGAGCGUUACAAAGCCUAAAGGUCCAGUUAAACCGGGACAAGAACCCGAAGAUGUUUCACUUACACACAAAACACCCGCCGAAAUUAAACCUACGGAGGGUGAAGCUGAAGCUAAACUCAAAAUUCAGAAACCAGAAAUCGUUGAAGAUAAAACUAUUAAACGACCUACUCCGAAAGAUAAGGAUCAAAAGGGCGAGGAUACUGAGGAAUCUAUCAGCCUCACCAAGCCAAGAACUAAGACUAGCACAACUGCCCCAGAAGAGGCAUCACUGACACAAAAGAAACCUGCUCAGAAAAAACAAACGGAGGGUUCAGAGGCUGCAGAGCUUAAAGUCAAAAAGCCCGCUGUUAUCAAGAAAGACAAGAAUGAGGAACCACUGAUGGUCAGAGGUGGUAAAUUUGAAGUGCCACCACUAAAGAAAAUUGUCAAGAAGACACCUGAAAAACCUAAAAAAGCUACAUCUGAUACUGUUACCACUGAUAAAGAAUAUUCUAACGAUGGGUUCGAAUUGGAUUUCGUCGACGAUUACGAAAGGCCCGUUCUUGAGAAAUAUGAAAAAAUAUCGCCAACUCCACUUGUUAAGGAAAAGAAAGAAAAGGAGGUGGCUAAGGUUGAAAGCAGAAGAACGUCAGUUCAAAGCGAGAUGCAUGUAGAACAACAGCACCAGCAUCUCUCUGUGAAGACCGAAAGCCGGAGAACGUCUAUACAAAACGAGGUCCAAGAAGUCAAAACAGAGAGCCGACGUAGCUCUAUCAUCGAAAACAAACAGCUUAAGUUCACAAAAGAAACUUCUGAAAGCCGAAAAUCAUCGGUUUCAUCGAUAUCUGAGCAAGAACAGGUUUCACAAAUUAAAAAGACUGGACUUAAGGAUGACACUAAAGCUAUUGAAGAUAAGGUAACACAAAAACUAGACGAUACACUCAAAGAGAAUGUAUAUCCAUGGCGACCUACGAAAACAGACACACAGGAUGCUACCCAAAAAAUGCAACCAAAACGUAGCUUAAGUUUGGAUCAGCCAAAACCAAAAGACGACAAAAAACCUACGCGGCGUUACAGCAAAACUGAGGAUAUUGAGGAAAUAGAAUCUGAAAGAAUCGAUAAGUCAAAACGAAAAGUUUCUAUUGAUCGUCCUACAGAACCCACUUAUCCUUGGCGACCAAAUAUAACUAAUGAGGACGACGAAAGCUCAGAAGAAAUUAAUGAAUCUGAACCUGUUGACAAAUUUGAAACUUUGUCUACCAAACCUGAUUAUCUUACUACAAAACCAAAAGAGGACAAGGAAAAGACAACAGAUGAAAUGAAAGCUAAACCUGAUUUGCAAACUAAUAUUAAAGAUAAAGAUGUAGCUAAGCGUAAUGUUGAUAAACUAGUAACUAAUAAGGAAGCAGACGAAACAAUCAAAACUGCACCCCGAGUUCCUGAGGAAAGUACUAAGGUGUCAGAAACAAAGACCAAACGAACUAAUAAUAAAAUCGAACCUGUCGAUAAAUUAGAUAAAUCUGAUCGUGAUAAGCCUACCACUGUAAAGGAUACACACUUAGACACAGUCGAUAAAAAGGAUACGAACGUGGAAAGUAAUAAAAAUAAAAAUACAGAAAUUGAACAACCUUUAGAACCAAUAUAUCCCUGGCGUCGUCCAAGUAGACCGAAAGAGGAACCUGAGGUACUUAAGGAUACUCUAAGUGAACCGAAUAAUCAAAUAAAAAAAGAUAAGGUACCCGAUAAUGAUACAACAGACGCAUCUAAAACACAAACACUUUAUCCUUGGAGGAAACAUAAAGAGGUUCCGAUUCUCAUUACACCAGAGCCAGAGAAAGACAAUGAAGUACCUUUCUCGUGGCAAGCUAUCCCUGAAAUACCACAGGCUGAACAAACACCGGAAUUAGAGGAUAGCUUUAAGCCAACAUUACGUGAAACACAAGACACAGUACCUUGGAGAAGGUCUCGUUCUCCCCAGGCUGAAUCAGAGGGCACAAACGAGAAAAAACCAGCUUCUUUAGAAAUUCCACAAGCCGCUAUAAGCAGCAGACCUCCACCUGACGAGAAGGUUGAGGUUAAAAAAGAAACAGUAGAUGAAGAAGCCAAAAAAGCCAAACUUAAAACUGUUAAGAAGAAGGCAGAAGAUUUACCUGAAAUCCCCGACUAUGAAAGGCCUGAUCUUGAGAAAUAUGAAAAGAUUUCACCGACACCUACAACUAGAGAAAAACCAGAGAAAGACAAGCCGGCUGAAAAGCCGAAGGUCCCAGAAAUUAAGGCACCAGAAGAAAAACCAGUGGCACCUAAAAUUGAGGUUGUGCAUGAAAAAUCUCCGAAACCGGAGGCACCGAGAAAACCAUCAUUGUCACCAGCUCCUCCAGCAAGAAGAGGGUCGCUCAUUCCUCCACCAGAGGAAAUGGGACGACGCCCGUCAUUACUCAUCAGCGACGAGGAAAAUAGAAAACUAAGACCUGGUGAGGUGAUCGAAGAGAAGAAGCGAAGAAAAUCUGGUGACACGAGAAGACCAUCAAUCCAAGACCUAGAAGACUUAAUUAAUAAGCCCUCUAUACCAUUGAAGCCGCAUGGUAAUGAGGGACCUCCACAGAUUGUUGAUGUGCAAGAAAGCAACUCUGCUGUUGAAGAUCAAACUGGAUACCUCACUAUUCAAGUCGAGGGUAACCCAGCACCGACCUUCAAAUUUUACAAAGGUGUCACAGAAAUCAUUGAAGGUGGCCGUUUUAAGUUCGUUACUGAUGGCGAAAAUGGUCUUAUCACACUCUGUAUGAGGAAAGUAAAACCUAACGAUGAAGGCAAAUACAAAGUCGUUGUUAGUAACAUUCAUGGCGAAGACUCAGCUGAAAUGCAACUUUAUGUGUCCGAUGCCAGUGGUAUGGACUUCCGUGCUCUACUCAAGAAAAGGAAAUACGCUAAGUGGGGUGAAAAGAAGGAUGAUCCUGAUUGGGGUGACUUGAAGGAAACCGAAAAGCCAAUUCCACCUCUAAAAAAAGUCGAAAAGAAACAAGAGUCAUUCUUGAAGCCCCUCGUAGAUCAAUUUGCAAAGGAAGGUAAGGAUAAGAAGGUAACCUUCGAAGCGAUUUUCACGAAACCGAAUGCAAAGCCGAAGUGGUUCUUCCGAAAAGAUGAAUUAUUCCCUGGAUCUAAGUAUAAGAUGACGAACGAACAAGAUUCAUACAAACUCAUUAUAAUGAAUCCUAAAGUCGAUGAUACAGGAAAAAUUACAAUUGAAAUUGGUGGCAUCACUAGCACUGCUUUCUUACAAGUCGAAGAACCUGAUCCAACUUACAAUUUCACAAAGCAUCUGAAGAAAACACUUACCGGAUACACAAAACAUGAAACUGUACUUGAAUGUACCGUUUCCAACAGUUUAGCAAUCGUCUCUUGGUGGAAAGGAGAAACGAAAAUCGAAGAUGGAGAAGAUUUCCAAAUAUCUAAAGAUUUAUCUGGUCAAUGUAAAUUGAUAAUUAAGAAGGCUAAACUAGAAGAUGCUGGCAAAUAUUCUUGUAGAAUUGAGAAACAAGCCGAUAAAACCGAAUGUGAACUUAAAAUUAUUGAAUACCCAUAUAAAUUCACCAAGGUACUCAAAUCUCAACAAGCUAUUGAAAAAGAUACCAUCACAUUACUUUGUGAAUUGGACGACGCUGCGGGUGAUGUGAAAUGGUACAAGGACGACCAGCCUCUUAAGGUAGAUAAGCGUAUCACAAUAGUAAAGGAGGGUCGCAAGCGAAAGGUGGUUAUCAAGGAUGCGAAGGUUACUGACGCCGGAAACUUCAAGUGUGUCAGUAACGCCGAUGAGACUGCCUGCGAAUUGAUCGUCAAUUACUCUAAUCGCUUCAACAAAAAGUUGAAGGACACAGAAGCAAUUGAGAGGGAUAAGGUAGUUCUUGAAGUGGAAUUACAAGAUCAAACCGCUGAAGCUGUAUGGUCAUUCAAUGGAACCCCCAUUGUGCCUAAUGAAAGGAUAGAAAUCAAGAACCUGGGUGGUGGUAAACACCAGCUUAUUUUCAACAAGAUAGAGAUGGAGGAUGAUGGUGAAAUCCUUUGUGAAUCCGGUAAACUUAGCUCAUCUUGUAAACUGUCCGUCAAACAAGGCGAAUCCAAACCUCAAAUUGAAUGUCCCGAUGAGUUCAACGGGCCAGCUGGAAAUCAAUUUGUCAUCGAAGUGCCUUAUAAAAUUUCUGGCACUCGUCAAACACCAAUUGAGGCGAAAUUACUUAAAGAUGGAAAACCAUUGCCUAACAAGGAAGUUGAAGCAGUCGUUGAACAAGAGAAAAUUCUCUUCAAGAUUAAGAGACCAACCAGAGAAGGUUCUGGAAAAUAUCAGAUUAGGCUUUCAAAUGCCCAAGGCGAAGACUCCAAAGAUGUUAAUAUCAUCAUGCAGACAGCGCCUACACCACCUAGAGACGUUGAAGUCAAGGAAGUAUUCCAGACCUCAUGCGUUGUUACGUGGAAGGCACCUCAAGACGAUGGUGGUUCUCCAAUCAUCAAAUACCUUAUUGAGAGACAGGAUCUAUCUCUCAAAGCUGCUUGGGAUAGUGUUGCGGAAGUUGCACACGGUGAGCAAACUACAUAUAAGGUCGAGGAUCUUAUACCAAAGAAGACUUACAAAUUCAGAAUCCGAGCUGUUAAUAAGAUCGGUGCUAGUGAACCUGGUCUUUUCGCUAAGCCUGUUCUGGCUAAAGAUCCAUGGGACGAACCAUCGAAACCCAGAGGCGUGGAGAUUACUGACUGGGACAAAGAUCAUGCAGAUAUAAAAUGGCUAAAGCCAGAUAAUGAUGGCGGUGCACCUAUCACUGGAUAUAUUAUUGAGUACAAGGAGAAAUUCGGCAAAGACUGGGUAAAAGGUGUAGAAGUACCCGGAGACGCAUUAUCUGCCACACAAGAUGGGCUUAAAGAAGGUUGCACUUACGAGUUUAGGGUACGCGCUAUUAAUAAGGCAGGCCCUGGAGAACCUAGUGACAGCACUAAGCCUAUUGUUGCUAAAUGCAGAUUUGUUAAACCCUACAUCAUUGGUGAAGGUCUUCAGGGUAUGAUCAUCAAAAAGGGUCAGGUUAUAUCCUUUGACAUCAAAUAUGGAGGUGAACCUGAGCCGGAAGUCAAAUGGCUUCAAGGAGAAGAGAAACGUGGAAAGGCGUACACCGAGAAGGAAAUUCACGACGAUGGUGACCGUAUCACCAUUGACAAAUAUGAAAGAAACACUGUGUUGACGGUGCGAAGAACCACGAGAAUCGACAGUGGAAAAUAUAAGCUGGUCCUGACCAAUUCAUCUGGUACAUGCGAGAGUAUCGCUGAUGUUGUUGUACUUGACAAACCAAACCGUCCAAAUGGUCCCAUCGAAAUCACAGAUAUCCGUGCCGAGAAGGCGACCGUUAAAUGGCAAAAGCCUGAUGAUUGGAAGGGAUCUGAUAUCACUGGAUACACUCUUGAAAAAAUGGACAUGGAUACCGGCAACUGGGUACCAUGCGGUGAAUGUGGCGCUGAGCCAACAGAAUUCACUGUCAAAGGUCUAACGCCAAACCACAAGUACAAGUUCAGAGUUCGAGCCGUAAAUAAGGAAGGCGAAUCUGAGCCUUUAGAGACUGAUGGAUUUAUUGUGGCUAAAAAUCCUUAUGAUCCGCCCAAGGCACCAGGCAAGCCUAAUAUUAUUGACUAUGACAACAUGUCAGUCACACUGCAAUGGGAGCCCCCUACUGACAAUGGUGGUCGACCUGUCCUUGGAUAUGUUAUUGAGAUGAAAGACAAGUUUACUGCUACCUGGGUUGAGGUGCAAAAAACUCAAGAUGUGAAAACAGAGGCUAAAGUGGAAGGUCUGAAGGAGAAAAUGAUCUAUCAGUUCCGUGUGAAGGCCUACAACAAGGCUGGUGUUGGUGACGCGUCAGAGCCCACCGAAAACCAUCUUUGCAAACACAGGAACUUGAAGCCACGUAUUGAGCGCAGCACCUUCAAAUCGGUGAUUAUCAAGGCUGGUCGCACUCACAAAUGGUCUGUGGAUGUCAUUGGUGAACCACCACCGGAGACCACAUGGUCAUGGCGCGAGAAUAUAAAACUAGUAAAUACAGAGCGCAUCAAGAUCGAGAAUGUGGACUACCACACAGAUUUCACUAUCGUGAACGCGGUGCGUCGCGACACCGGCAAAUACACGCUCAGAGCUGAGAACUGCAAUGGUUUCGACGAGGAGACCGUUGAACUUACUGUUCUCAGUAAGCCUACUGCUCCAAAGGGACCAUUGGUAGUGACAGAUGUCCAUGCAGAGGGCUGCAAAGUUAAAUGGGAGAAGCCGGAGGACGAUGGUGGCUCUCCCGUUAAGGAAUACGAGCUUGAGAAGAUGGACGUCGCUACUGGCAAAUGGGUCCGUGUGGGCAGAGUUGCCGGCGACAAAAAGCCAUUGGAAAUGGAGGUGACCGGAUUGGAACCUGGUCAUCAGUACAAGUUCAGGGUGACGGCAGUCAAUGACGAGGGUGACUCUGAACCCUUGGAGACAGAGAAGGCGGUUCUCGCUAAGAAUCCGUUUGACGUCGCCGAUAAGCCCGGAAACGUCGAGGUCGCAGACCAUGACAAUCAAAGCGCGGAGAUCAAAUGGGAGCCUCCGAAGUCCGACGGUGGAGCACCCAUACAGAAGUACAUCAUCCAGAAGAGACCGAAGGGUGGUGACUGGGAGAAUGCUGCUGAGGUACCCGGAACAGCGACGUCCGGAAAGGUAGAAGGCCUGCCUGAAGGCAGUGAAUACGAGUUCCGCGUGAUCGCCGUCAACAAGGCUGGUCCAUCUGAGGCCUCUGAGCCCACAAAGAUGACCACAAUCAGACACAAAGCCUUGAAACCUCGUAUCGACCGUACCAACCUCAAGGCGCUCGCCGUGAGAGCCGGCAAGUCGAUCUUCUUCGAUGUGAACGUUCGCGGUGAACCUGCGCCGAAGGUGCAGUGGUUCCAGAAAUGGAAGAACGAAGAGAAGGAGGUUACCGAAAAUGUAAUCAACGUGGACUAUAACACGAAACUGGACAUCAAAGAAGCUGUUCGGGCCAUGACCGGUACUUACCGCAUCUUGGCCACCAACGAGCACGGCAAAGACGAGGCGGAAGUUGAGAUCACCGUCCUCUCAGCUCCGGGCAAGCCUGGCGGUCCGUUGAAGGUUGCCGAUGUCACCAAGAAUGGAUGCAAAUUGGCCUGGAAGAAGCCAGAAGACGAUGGUGGCAAACCUGUAACCGGCUAUGUGGUUGAGAAACUCAACAAGGCAACCGGCCGCUGGGUGCCCGUUGGUAAAACCGAUGACACUGAAAUGGAGAUCAAGGGUCUGCAAGAAGGCGAGGAGUACGAGUUCAGGGUCAAGGCUCUGAACGAUGAGGGAGAGUCUGAACCAUUGAAGACCGACCACUCGAUCAUUGCUAAGAAUCCUUACGAUAUUCCCGGCAAGCCGUCCGUCCCCACUUUGGAGGAUUGGGACGUGGACCACGUGGACCUCAAAUGGGAGGCGCCCAAGAACAACGGUGGUGCACCAAUUACUGGUUACAUAAUCGAGAAGAAAGAGAAGUACGGGCACUGGCAGGAGGCGCUUGUUACUACGACGCCAGAAUGCAAGGCUCGUGUUCCCGAUUUGAAGGAGGGCAACACGUACCAGUUCCGCGUGCGAGCCGUCAACAAGGCGGGGCCCGGCGAGCCCGGCGAACCCACGCAACCGCAUGUCGCUAAGGCCAGAUUCCUGAAACCUCACAUCAACCGCGACAAGAUGGUGGCUGUACGUGUGCGUGCUGGUACUACUAUCAAGUUAGACGUUGACAUUAAGGGUGAACCUCCACCGACCAAGACAUGGACCUUCGCUAACAAGGUCGUCGAGAACGGACCUGGAAUCAAACUCGAGAACGAGGACUACAACACGAAGCUUCAGAUCUUCGAAACCUCGUGGAAGAACUCCGGUAUUUACACGCUUAAAGCUGAAAACGAUUCAGGAGUCGAUGAGGCUACGGUCGAGAUCACUGUGCUAGACAAGCCAGGCAAGCCCGAGGGACCCCUGGAGGUGUCGGACGUGCACGCCGACCACGUGAAGCUGUCGUGGAACAAGCCCAAGCACACGGGCGGCCUGCCGCUCAGCGCCUACGUGGUGGAGAAGAUGGACACCGUGACCGGCAAGUGGAGCCCGGCCGGCACCAUCGACCCCGACGUCACCGAGGCCACGGUUACCGGGCUUGAAGCCGGUCACACAUACCAAUUCAGGGUCAAGGCCUUGAACGAGGAGGGAGAAUCUGAACCACUUGAGACCGACCAUGGCAUCCUCGCCAAGAACCCCUACGAUGUACCAGCGCCACCUGGCCUGCCAGACAUCGUGGACUGGGACGAAAAGUCGGUCAAACUUAAAUGGGAGCCUCCGAUAAGAGAUAAUGGAGCGCCAAUUACAGGAUAUAUCAUCGAAGUUAUGGACAGAGAUAGAGGAGAAUUCGUCAAGGCCGCUGAAGUUCACGGCAACGUAUGUCAAGGAACGGUACCAAAGCUCGAAGAAGGCAAUCAAUAUCAGUUCCGUGUGCGAGCGCUCAACAAAGCGGGUCAGUCCGAACCCUCGGAGAACACCCCCUGGCACACUGCUAAGCCACGGUUCUUGAAACCAAGGAUCGAUCGCACAAAUCUCAACCCGAUCAACGUCAAGGCUGGUCUGCCAGUGUCCCUUGACAUUAAGGUCUUCGGAGAACCACCGGCAACUGUCACCUGGCACUUCCAGGGCCAGGAGCUGUCGAACAGGGAGAAUCUUGAGAUCAUCAACGUUGAUUAUAACACGAAAUUCUUGAUGACCAAGAGUAAGAGAGCGAAUAGCGGCAAAUAUAUCAUCAAAGCCAAGAACGAAGUUGGUGAAGAUGAGGCAGAAGUUGAGAUCACUGUUCUUGGAAAGCCAACCAAACCGCAGGGACCAUUAGAAGUGGCAGAUGUCACAAAGAAUGGCUGUACUCUGUCAUGGAAGAAACCGGAAGACGACGGUGGAUCGCCCAUCGAAUAUUACGAGAUUGAAAAACUUGAUCCGCUAACUGGACAAUGGAUACCGUGCGGAACAGCCAAGGACACGAAGGCUAACGUUACCGGCUUGCAAGAAGGCAAGCCUUACAAGUUCCGUGUGAAGGCCGUUAACAAGGAGGGCGAAUCUGAGGAAUUGGAGACCGAGAAACCGAUCAUCGCUAAGAAUCCAUUCGAUGAGCCCGGUAAGCCCGGUCGUCCAGAACCACGUAACUGGGACAAGGACUUCGUGGAGUUGGAAUGGAGCGCUCCCAAAGACGACGGUGGUGCUCCUAUCACUGGAUACAUCGUACAGAAGAGAGAGAAGGGAGGAAGGUCGUGGUCCGACUGCCUGCGCACGUCGGGCGAGCGGCCCACGGGGCGCGUCACGGACGUGGAGGAGGGCCACGAGUACCAGUUCCGCGUCAUCGCGCUCAACAAGGCGGGGCAGUCCGAGCCCUCCGAGCCCAGCAAGUCUGUCACUGCCAAGCCUAGAUUCCUGGCACCCAAAAUCGAUCGCAAAUUCCUCCAAAGCCGCAAGGUUAAGGUUGGUCAAGUGCUCAAACUGGAGGCGGACGUCAAGGGCGAACCUGAACCUACUAUCACCUGGACCUUCAAGGACCAAACUCUCAAGAGCACCGAGAGGCUGAAGAUCGAGAAUGCGGACUACCACACAUCUUUCGUGCUGCAAAAGGUGACAAGGGAAGAUAGUGGAAAGUACGUGGUGACGGCGAAGAACGAAACUGGCACUGAUACUGUUGAGAUUGACAUCUCAGUGGUCAGUAAGCCCGCUAAGCCUAAAGGACCUUUGAAGGUAUCAGACGUUGUAGCAGAUGGUUGCAAACUUAAAUGGGAGCCACCAGAAGAUGACGGUGGUGAACCAGUGGAGAGCUACGUCGUUGAACGUAUGGACACUGACUCUGGUCGCUGGGUGCCGGUAUGCACCACUAAGACUCCAGAGGCUGAUGUCACUGGCCUCAAUGAGGGCAAGGACUACAUGUUCAGAGUGAAGGCUGUGAACCCCGAGGGUGAGAGCGAGCCGCUAGUCACGGAAACCGCCACUACAGCCAAAAAUCCUUAUGGCGAACCAGACCCACCGGGCAAGCCCGAGUUCAAGGACUGGAGUGCCGAUCACGUGGACCUCAAGUGGGAGAAGCCACCCAGCGAUGGUGGAGCACCCAUCACCGCCUACAUCGUGGAGAGGAAGGACAGAGAUACUGGCAAAUGGGUCAAGGCCGCUGAGGUUCCUGGCACAAAGACGGAAGCUCGUAUCCCCGAUCUAAUCGAGGGUAAAACGUACCAGUUCCGUGUGAAGGCAGUGAACAAGGCCGGUCCGGGUAAACCUUCCGCGGCCUCCGAGAGCCUCCUCGCUAAAGACAGAUUUGCACCACCGAAGAUCGACCGCACAAAUAUGCGUGACCUGACACUGAAGGCUGGACAGAUCAUCAGGCUGGACGUCAAGGUCACCGGUGAACCUCCACCGACCAAGACCUGGUUCCACAACAAGGAGCGUCUGUCCACUCGUGAUGACCUCACCGUAGAUGUAGAGGACUACAGGACGAAGCUCUCGGUGCUGGUCGCCACACGCAAGCACAGCGGCACGUACGUACUGAAGGCGGAGAACAGCAGCGGCAAGGACGAGGCCAGCAUACAGGUGUUCGUGCUGGACGUACCCGCCAAGCCGGAGGGACCACUCAAGAUAUCCGACGUUCACAAAGAGGGUUGCACUUUGAAGUGGAACGCUCCACUGGACGACGGUGGCGCUCCUAUCGACCACUACUUGGUAGAGAAACUGGACGCCGAAACCGGCAGAUGGAUGCCAGCUAUGAAGACCAAGGAUCCAAAGGCCGAGAUAGAAAACCUGGUGCCUGGACACGAGUACAAGUUCAGAGUGUCCGCUGUUAACAAUGAGGGCGUGUCCGAGCCACUUGAGGGCGAACAGUCCAUCAUCGCUAAGAAUCCAUUCGAUGAACCCGGCAAACCUGGUACACCAGAGGUACUGGACUGGGACAAGGACCAUGUGGACCUCAAGUGGAGCAAGCCCAUUAAAGAUGGCGGCGCUCCCAUCACUGGAUACAUCAUUGAGAAGAGAGAGGUCGGAUCGACUAAAUGGGUGAAGGCCUGCGAGGUCGGUCCAAAUGACAACGAAAAGGCUACAGUUCCUAACCUGGACGAGGGUACGGAGUACGAGUUCCGCGUAAAGGCGGUCAACGAGGCCGGACCCGGAGAGCCCAGUGACGCCAGCAAGUCCGUCACAUGCAAACCAAGGAGGCUGGCUCCCAAGAUCGACCGUCGCAACCUGCGCGCGAUCCACGUGCGCGAGGGCGAGCCCAUCGCGCUCGACGUCAAGGUGUCGGGCGAGCCCGCGCCGGACGUCACGUGGACGCUCAACGGCAAGACCGUCAGCAGCGGAAACGGACUCAAAUUGGUGAACGUGCCUUACCUGAGCAAGUACCAGCACUCGAGCCCGCGCCGCAAGGAUUCGGGCACAUACAAGAUACAAGCCGUCAACAAGUACGGGCAGGACACGGCGGAGCUCGAGAUCACCGUCACUUCGAAACCCGACAAACCCGAAGGACCACUGGAAGUGUCUGACAUACACAAAGAUGGCUGCACGCUGAAAUGGAAGCGGCCCAAGGAUGACGGUGGAGAACCCAUCGAGAGUUACGUGGUCGAGAAGUACGACCCAGAGACCGGGGCCUGGAUGCCCGUCGGCAAGACCCUCGGCAACGUGCCUGAAAUGGAGGUCGACGGCUUGAUCCCCGGUCACGAGUACAAGUUCCGCGUGAAGGCGGUCAACAAGGAGGGCGAGUCGGAGCCACUCGAGACCUUCGGCUCCAUCGUCGCUAAGGAUCCCUUCACCGUUCCGGACGCGCCGUCCACGCCGGUGCCGGACGACUGGUCGGCCACGCACUGCGACCUCAAGUGGGAGGCGCCCGCGAGCGACGGCGGCUCGCCCGUCAUCGGCUACAUCGUGGAGCGCAAGGACAAGUACAGCCCGCUGUGGGAGAAGGCGGUCGAGACGCACUCGCCCACCCCCGCCGCCACCGUCAACGGCUUAAUCGAAGGAAACGAAUACCAGUUCCGUGUGAUCGCCGUCAACAAGGCUGGCCAGAGCAAACCCUCGGAUGCCAGCAAGACCUUUAUUGCCAAGCCAAGGUUCCUUGCACCGAAGAUCGACAGGAGACACCUUCGGGACGUUACUUUGUCUGCUGGUUCGACUUUGAAGCUGGAGGCUGCCAUUACUGGAGAGCCCGCACCAGCUGUUGAAUGGAGAUACCAGAACAUGCCGCUCAGAUCAUCCAAGGCGGUCACAAUCGACAGUCCAGAAUAUUUCACCAAACUGGUCGUGAGACCAGUGCGGCGAGACGAUACUGGAGAGUACACCGUCACCGCUGUCAACUCGAGUGGCAAGGACACCGUCACCAUCAAUGUGUUGGUCACCGACAAGCCCAACAUGCCUGAGGGACCAUUACAGAUUUCGGACGUCCACAAGGACGGCUGUACGCUUAAAUGGAAGCGGCCGAAAGACGACGGCGGAGCGCCCAUCGAGUACUACCAAGUGGACAAACUGGAUACAGAAACUGGCUGCUGGGUGCCCUGCGCCAGAUCUGAAGAACCUCGCUGUGAAGUAACAGGCUUGACGCCCGGAAAGGAAUACAAGUUCCGCGUAUCCGCUGUCAAUUCGGAGGGAGAAUCUGAACCUCUCGUUUCGGAGGAGAAGAUCGUUGCUAAGAAUCCCUAUGACGAGCCUGGUGCGCCAGGAACACCAUCAGUUACGGACUGGGACAAGGACCACGUGGACCUCAAGUGGGCCCCGCCUCAAGAAGAUGGUGGUGCUCCCAUCGAGGGCUACAUCAUCGAGAAGAAGGACAAGUUCGGCAACUGGGAGAAGGCACUCGAAGUUCCGGCUGAUAAGACCACUUGCACAGUUCCUGACUUGAUCGAAGGACAGACUUAUGAGUUCCGCGUCCGCGCAGUGAACAAGGCGGGUCCGGGUGUGCCGAGCGACAGCACUCAUCCGAUAGUCGCUAAGCCCAGGAACUUGGCGCCGAAGAUUGACAGAACUAACCUUAUCGAUAUCAAGAUCAAGGUCGGACAGAAGUUCGGCUUUGAUGUCAAGGUUACCGGUGAACCUAUGCCAGAAACGAAAUGGUACCUCGGUAAGAGGGAGGUGAAGUCUGGUGGUGAAAUGAAAGUCCAGCACUCAGAUUACAACACCAAGUUGCAAUGCAAGGCGGCCACACGUUCCGACAGUGGGCGUUACACCAUCACCGCUGAGAACUGCAACGGCAAGGACGUAGCUGAGGUGGAGGUCAUCGUGCUGAGCGUGCCCAGCCCUCCGGGUGGACCUCUCAAGGUAUCCGAUGUUCACGCAAACGGUGCUAAAUUAUCCUGGAACCCACCAGCUGACGAUGGUGGUCAACCAAUCGAGAAAUACGUCGUAGAGCGUAUGGACGAAGCCACGGGUAGAUGGGUAAAUGCCGGAGAGACUGACGGACCUGUGACCAACCUCGAGGUGGAUGGACUACAGCCAGGCCACAAGUACAAGUUCAGGGUGCGGGCUGUUAACAGACAAGGAAAGUCUGAACCCCUCACUACACCUCAUGCCACGGAGGCUAAGAAUCCGUUCGACGUUGCCGGAAAGCCUGGUACGCCUAAGAUCAAAGACUUUGACCGAGAUUUCGUGGAGUUGGAAUGGACCAGACCAGCUACAGACGGUGGAGCACCAAUCACUGGUUAUGUUAUUGAAAAGAAGGAUAGAUUCGCACCGGAUUGGGAGGAAUGUGCACAGAUUGAAGGUGACGUUACAUCCGGUAAAGUUCCUGACCUAAUCGAAGGCAAUACUUACGAAUUCCGUGUUCGCGCAGUCAACAAGGCGGGUAAGGGCAUCCCAAGUGACGGAACUGCCCCGCAUCUGGCUAGGCCUAAGAAUCUGGCGCCAAAGAUUGACAGAAACUUCAUGUUCGACAUCAAGGUUAAGGUCGGACAGAACUUCGAGCUUGACGUACCCGUCGCUGGUGAACCAACACCGACUAAAGAAUGGCUACAUGGAGAAAAUCUUGUACUUAAUACUGACAGAAUUAAGAUUUACAAUGACACGCAUAAUACUAAAAUUCGAGUCAUUGAUGCUAAACGUUCUGACACUGGUACAUACACCCUCAAAGCGAAGAACAUAAACGGAACAGAUACUGCUACAGUCAAAAUAUUAGUGAUGGACGUGCCUCUUCCACCAGAAGGCCCAUUACGUGUAGACGAUAUUACAAGGUCUGGAUGUUCGCUCAGGUGGAGACCACCUAAAGAUGACGGCGGCAGUGAGAUUACCCACUACGUCGUUGAAAAGAUGGACCAAGAAAACCUUCGCUGGAUUCCAGCUGGUGAAGUUCAAGGCUGCCAUAUUCGCAUCGACCAUCUUAUUGAAGGUCACGAUUACAAUUUCAGAGUUCGUGCUGUCAACAAACAUGGUGAAUCGCAACCACUUGUCGGCCAAGAACCGAUCACUGCUAAGGACCCAUACGGUACACCAGACAAGCCUGGAACACCAGUUGUUAAAGACUGGGACAAAGAUCAUAUGGACUUAGAAUGGGUCCCACCGAAAAAGGAUGGUGGCUCACCAAUUACUGGUUACAUUAUAGAAGCGAAGAAAAGGUACGGUCCUUGGGAAGUGGCCGCUACGGUAACAGGUAACAAGACAACAGCAACGGUACCAGGACUUCAAGAAGGAGAGGAGUACGAAUUCAGAGUAAUUGCCGUUAACAAGGCAGGUAAUGGUGAACCAUCUGACGCAUCCACACCACAAGUGGCUAAAGCUAGGUUCUGUGUUCCCACAUUUGACAAAAUGCUUCUUGCUGAUAAGACAGUUAAAGCGGGCCAGAGGAUACAAUAUGAUAUUCCCGUUGAGGCAUCUCCUAAACCAACAGUCGAAUGGCACAUUAAUGGCAAAGCUGUACACCCAUCGGACAGAAUCGACAUUCAGGUUACGCACAAUAGGGUCAUUCUAGACAUUCCAUUUUCCGUUCGUUCUGACGGUGGCGUUUAUAAACUGACCUUAAAGAACGACCUAGGAGUAUGCUCAGCCAGUGCUACAGUUACUGUGUUGGACAAACCUUCGAGACCAGAGAAACCUUUGGUUGUUUCUGAUGUUACAAAAGACUCCUGCUCGUUAUCAUGGAAAGUACCACUGGAUGAUGGUGGAUCUCCGAUUUUGCAUUAUGUUAUUGAGAAAAUGGAUCUCUCACGUGGUACCUGGUCAGAUGCCGGCAUGAGCACCUUCUUAUCACAUCAAGUCACCAGGCUUAUCCACAUGAAAGAAUACUUGUUCAGAGUAAGCGCAGUUAACGCUAUUGGACAAUCAGAGCCUUUAGAAUUAGAUCGCGCUAUAGUUGCAAAGAACGAGUUCGACGAACCGUCUGCUCCAGGUAAACCAGAAGCAACUGACUGGAGCAAGAGCCAUGUUGACUUGCAAUGGAAUCCACCCAAAUCCGAUGGUGGAGCUCCCAUCACUGGUUAUAUCGUACAAAAGAAAGAAAAGGGCAGCCCAUACUGGGUAAAUGCUGCUCAUGUACCACCUAGCAAAACUAAAGCGACUAUACCUGAUCUGGUCGAAGGCCAGGAUUACGAAUUCCGGGUAAUUGCUAUAAACCAGGCUGGACAAUCAGAACCCAGUGAACCUUCAGAUACUAUCACAGCCAAGGAUAGAUUUGUUGCACCUAAAAUUCUUACACCACUUAAAGAAAUUCGUAUCAAGGCUGGUCUCAUCUUCCACUGUGACAUUGACUUCAUUGGAGAGCCUAUACCUGAAGUCAAAUGGACGUGUGACGAUAAACCAGUUGUAACCAACGAAAGGACCACUGUUACUUCUGUAGGCCACCACACAAUCGUCCACACUGUAAACUGCAAGAGAUCAGAUGCCGGAAAAUAUCAUUUAUCACUGAAGAACGAUUCUGGUUCUGAUGAGGGAAGCUUCGACGUGAUCGUUUUGGAUGUGCCCGGACCACCACAACCACCAUUCGUAUACGAAGAAAUCACUGCCCAAUCUGUAACUUUGUCAUGGAAACCACCUAAAGACAAUGGUGGCAGUGAAAUCACUGGUUAUGUUAUCGAGAAACGUGAUUUGACUCAUGGCGGUGGUUGGGUACCAGCUGUUACUUACGUCAACCCCAAAAACACACACGCAACCGUACCCCGUCUUUAUGAAGGCACCAAGUACGAAUUUAGAGUAUUUGCUGAGAACUUGCAAGGACGUUCUGAACCUUUAGUUACUGACAAGCCAAUCAUAGCCAAAAAUCAGUAUACAGUACCUGGCAGACCAGGCAAACCAGAACUCGUAUCUGCAGAUAAAGAUCACAUCAAAAUCAGGUGGUCUUCUCCUAUAUCCAAUGGUGGAUCAAACAUUAUUGGCUACGACGUUGAAAGACGAGACAAGGCUUCCGGUAGAUGGAUUAAGGUUAAUAGGGAACCAGUUCGAUUCAAUGAAUAUAAUGAUGAAAGAGUCCAAGAAGGUCAUCAAUACGAUUAUAGAGUAUCUGCUGUUAAUGCAGCUGGAGCAGGACAGCCUUCAGAUCCAUCAAACGUUUUUAUUGCCAAACCAAUGAAGGAGAAACCUAAGUUGUGGUUAGAUGGCCUUAUAGGUCGCAAGAUCAAGGUUAGAGCUGGUGAACCUAUAAACAUAAACAUUCCAAUUUCUGGUGCACCAACGCCUAGAAUAACAUGGAACAAGGGAACUGUUCCGCUCGUGCCUUCUCACAGGAUCUCAGCCGAGACUAAAGCUGAUGAAACAAAACUCAGCAUCGAAAAAUCUACUAGGGAAGACGCAGGUAAAUAUACAAUUAUUGCAAAUAAUGAGCAUGGCAAAGAUUCUGCGGAUAUCGAAGUCAUCGUUGUCGAUAAACCUGGAAUACCUAAAGGUCCGCUAUGCUGCACACCAGUAACUCAUGAAUCAAUGAGCUUAUCAUGGCAGCCACCAACUGAUGAUGGCGGUAGUGAAAUCACUGGUUACGUCGUUGAAGUCGCCGAAUUUGGUGUUAACGAUUGGCGAACAGUCGCAGGAUUCUGUCCAAAGUGUUCAUUCACUGUUAAGAACUUGACUGAGGGUAAAAAAUACGUAUUUAGAGUUCGCGCAGAGAACUUGUAUGGUGUAUCCGAGCCAUUGGAAAGCAAACCUAUUGUGGCUAAAUUACCGUUCGAUCCACCAGAUGCACCCGAUACACCUAAAAUCACUGGCUACAGUGCUAAUAGUUGCUCACUGGAAUGGCAACCACCAGCAAACUGCGGUGGAAAACCUAUCACUGGUUAUUAUGUUGAAAAGAGGGAACGUGGAGGUGAAUGGAUUAAGGUUAACAACUACCCUACACCAAACACUUGCUACACGGUUCAAGAUCUACGCGAAGGCAAUCGCUACGAAUUCCGUGUUAUUGCUGUUAACGAAGCAGGACCCGGUAAACCUAGCAAACCCACUGAGCCUAUUGUCGCGCAAACUCAGAGACUUAAGCCGAGCCCACCGGAAGCACCCAAGGCAGACAGAAUCACAAGAGACUCUGUCACAUUGUCCUGGAGACCACCAAAGAGCGAUGGUGGUGCUAAAAUCAAGGGCUAUAUUGUUCAACAAAAGGCUAAGGGAGACAAAGAUUGGAAGGACGUAAACGAUGUACCUGUACCGACCCUCGUACACAUUGUACCUAACCUCAAGGAAGGUGAAGUGUACCAGUUCAGGGUCAUCGCUGUUAAUGAUGUUGGUAAAUCUGAACCGAGCAAACAGACAGGUGAUAUUACGAUCGCUGAACAGCCCAACAAACCUUGCAUGGACCUCGGUGGCGUGCGUGACAUUACUGUGCGCGCUGGUGAGGACUUCUCCAUUCACGUGCCAUACACCGGCUUCCCGCAACCAACCGCAUCAUGGUUUGCGGAUGAUAAGUUACUUGAUGUUGAAGGUGACUCAAGAAUAUUCCAGAAGAUUACACCUGAAUCUGCGUCUCUUGUUGUUAAGAAUGCAAAGAGAUCAGAUGGUGGACAAUACCGUUUGCAAUUACGUAACCCAUCUGGCUACGACACUGCCACAAUCAACGUACGCGUACUCGAUAGACCCGGGAAACCGGAGAACUUACGUGCGGAUGAAUUCGAGGGUGAAGCUCUUACAUUGUAUUGGAACCCACCGAAAGACAAUGGUGGCGGAGAGAUUACUAACUACGUCGUCGAGAAGCGUGAAGCUCGUACGCCUAACUGGACAAAGGUGUCUGGUUACGUCACGACACCGUUCCUACGGGUGAAGAACUUAACCGUUGGAAAGAGUUACGAAUUCAGAGUCAUGGCUGAGAAUCAGUACGGCCAGUCUGAUCCGGCUCAAACCACGGAACCGAUCAGAGCGAGACAUCCCUUCGACCCGCCUGGUGCACCCGGUGCUCCUCGUUCCGUCGAAACGACAGAAUCUUCGAUCACAGUCACCUGGACGAAACCGCGUCAUGACGGAGGAUCACCCAUUACCGGCUACAUCCUCGAAAAGAGACUAAUAACCGAAGACAAAUGGACCAAAGCUGCCCACGCACACAUUCCAGACACGACUUACAAGGUGAUAGGGUUGAUCGAGAACCAUGAAUAUGAGUUCCGCGUGUCCGCUGUGAACGCGGCUGGCCAAGGCCCGUGGUCGCAGAGCUCGGACGCGAUCCGCGCCUGCGCCCCACCCAAUGCGCCACGCAUCACCAGUGACCUCAGCCUGCGGGACAUCACCGUCAUCGCCGGAGAGGAAAUCAAGAUCACCGUCCCCUUCACUGGAAAUCCGAGACCGAAGGUAUCAUGGAUAAUAAACAACGACGAAGUAUUCCCCGACCACCGCAUCCGAUUCGUUACAUCUGAUAUCGACACGGUGUUCCACAACUCAAGCGCUAAGCGAUCAGACACGGGCUCGUACACUGUACAGUUGACCAAUAGCGAAGGAUCUGAUAGUGGUACUUGCAGGGUUCUAGUCGUAGACAGGCCAUCCCCACCAGUGGGACCACUCGACGUGUCUGACAUCACGCCAGAUACUUGCACGUUGUCAUGGAAACCACCACUAGACGACGGUGGCUCACCCAUUACUAACUACAUCGUUGAAAAAAUGGAUAAUAUUGGAGUAUGGUCAAAGAUCUCAUCGUUCGUACGCAACUGCCACUACAACGUCAUGGGCCUGGAACCGAACCGCAAAUACAUGUUCCGCGUUCGCGCUGAGAACCAAUACGGUGUUUCAGAGCCAUUGACAAUGGACGACUAUAUCACUGCCAAGUUCCCAUUCACGAUACCCGACCCGCCUGGCGUGCCUCGCGUAUUGGACUGGGACGGUUCCACUGCCAACGUGGUCUGGGAUAGACCAAGAUCAGAUGGCGGAGCUCGUAUCCAGGGAUACAAGAUCGAAUUUAGAGAUGUACAGGACAAAUUAUGGACUAGUGCUGACUACCUCGUUAAGGAUUGCAAUUACCAGGCAUAUAAUCUGGAACCGGGUCACGAGUACGAGUUCCGCGUCCGCGCCAAGAACGCGGCCGGUUUCAGCAAGUACUCGGCUAGCUCCCAGCCCUUCAAGGUCCGCGGCAAGGCCGGUCCGCCUUCAGCACCUCGGUCACCGAGGGUGCUCCGAGUGGGAAGGAACUAUGUUGAUGUCUCUUGGGAUCCACCGGCAUCUGACGGAGGUUCCCGUAUAACAGGCUACAUUAUCGAGCGUCGUGAGCUCAGCAGCUCAGUAUGGCUCAAGUGUAACGACUACACCGUGCUCGAUACGACCUUCACUGCGCUCAACCUCAGUGAGAAGGCAGACUUCGAGUUCAGGAUCAUCGCUGUCAACCACGCCGGCAAAUCCGAACCUUCGAGCUGCACCACCCCGGUGCGCACCGGCGAGGAGGUCGGUGGGGCGAAGCCCGAGUGGCUGAAACAGAUGCCUCCCAACAUGUGCGCCCCGCUGGGCCGGCCCUACGUGCUGGAGUGCGUCGCGUCCGGCAGCCCCGUGCCCGUCGGCCGCUGGCUGAAGAACGGCCGGGAGGUCGUGCUCGGUGCCAGAUUCAUAUCAGAGUCCCGCGAAGGUACACUCAAAUUGAACAUCCUCGAGGCCACGGAAGCUGACGAGGGCGACUACACGUGUGAAGCUAGCAACAGUAUUGGACACAUUUACUGCACCGCUCAUCUUAAGAUUGGAAGCCCACCACGCAUCACUCGCAUGCCGGGUGACCUGCAUCUGCCGGAGCAUGACAACACGAAGAUCAAGAUCUUGUACACGGGAGACCAGCCCGCUGACGUCACGCUCAGCAAGGACGGACACAAGCUCAGCGAGUCACCUCACCUUAAAUAUACCGUCUUCGAUGACUAUAUACUUAUUUUCAUCAAGGACAUCACUAAGGAUGACAUGGGAACGUACAAAAUCACAAUUAAGAACAACUCUGGCGAAACAUCAGACUCGUUCUCGGUAACCGUCACAGGAUUACCUGGACCACCACAAGGACCCCUGGAGACUACCGACAUUAACAAGCACACAUGCACAUUGGCCUGGAAACCACCCACGUAUGACGGUGGCAUGCCUAUUACCCACUACGUGGUCGAGAGGAUAGAUAUCUCUGGCACUACCUGGAUAACCAUAGCGUCCUCGGUCAGGGAUACGAGGUUCACCGUACACGGUCUGACGGAAGGUCAAGAGUACAACUUCAGGAUACAUGCCGCUAACGAUAAUGGCAUUGGUCCUGGAUUGGAGGGUGUUAACCCGAUCAAGGCCAAGGCGCCCUUCGACCCUCCGUCUGCUCCGGGUGUACCCAGUAUCGUGUCUGUGGGCGGACACUUCGUGCACCUCGAGUGGGACAAGCCCGAAAGCGAUGGCGGAUCGCGAGUGCAAGGCUAUUGGGUAGACAAACGCGAAGUCGGCUCAAUGAGCUGGCAGCGUGUGAACGCGACAUUGUGCGUGGCGAAUCAACUCAACUGCGCCAACCUCAUCGAGGGUCGCCAGUACGAGUUCCGUGUCAUAGCACAAAACGAAGCUGGUCUCUCGCCUCCCAGCACCAACAGCCAACAAGUCAAGGUCGUAGAUCCGAAGGCUGCAACACCACCGGAGAUUGUGAAACCAUUGAAGAAUGCCAACUGCAUCCAGUACCACAAUGCCAAGUUCCAGUGCACCAUCACCGGAUCACCCAAACCCACCAUUACAUGGUACAAGGGUGCCCGCGAGAUAACCAACGGGCCGCGCCACCGCAUCUGGAGCGAGGGCGACAACCACUUCCUGACCGUGAUGGACGUGUUCGGCGAGGACGCGGACGAGUACGUGUGCCGCGCCGUCAACAAGGCCGGCGUCAAGAGCACGCGCGCCGAGCUGCUCAUCAUGACCGCACCAAAACUCAACGUGCCACCAAGAUUCCGCGACACAGCCUACUUCGACAAGGGCGAGAAUGUGGUCAUCAAGGUUCCAUUCACUGGCCACCCGGUGCCUAAGAUCACGUGGGUGCGAGAGGGAGAGACUAUUGAGUCUGGUCUGCACUACCAUGUAGAGAGAAAAGAACGUCACGCUAUUCUCACGAUCCGCGAUGCCAGCAAGAUGGAUUCGGGACCGUACAGAAUCACUGCUGAAAAUGAACUUGGACAGGAUUCGGCCAUUAUUAACAUCGAAAUUAGCGAUCGUCCCGACCCACCACGCUUCCCAUCCGUGGACAACAUCGGCGUGGACUCGCUGGCACUAUCAUGGAAAGCGCCAGUUUGGGACGGUGGUUCAGACAUCACCAACUAUUUGGUUGAGAAGAGAGAACACCCCAUGUCCAGCUGGAUAAGGGUAGGAAACACAAGAUUCACAACAAUGGCGAUCACUGGAUUAGCAUCAGGCAAGCAAUACGAGUUCCGCGUGUACGCUGAGAACAUAUACGGACGUUCGGAGCCGAGCGAACCAACGUCGCUCAUACAGACAAAGUCCAUUAUCAAGAAGGAGUUCAAGAAGAUGGAAUAUCCUGUCGACGAAACUGGCAAACGCAUCCGUACAAACGCAGACCACGGCCCGGUCAAGGACUACGACAGCUACGUAUUCGAUAUCUACAGUAAAUAUGUACCGCAGCCCGUCGAGAUCCGCACAUGCUCUGUGUACGACAAAUACGAUAUCCUCGAGGAGAUUGGUGACUUCGUGAGAGCUUCUUCUAAACGGAAACCCCGUGGAGGCACAGGGGCGUUCGGCGUCGUCCACCGCUGCCGCGAGCGCGCCACCGGGAACUACUUCGCUGCCAAGUUUAUACCUGUCGCCGGAGCCAUGGAGAAGGAGCUCAUCAAGAAGGAGAUAGAUAUCAUGAACCAGCUGCAUCACCGCAAGCUCAUCAACUUGCAUGAUGCCUUCGAAGACGAUGAUGAAAUGGUGCUGAUAUUCGAGUUCAUGUCCGGAGGCGAGCUGUUCGAGCGCAUAACGGAGCCCGGGUACAACAUGAGCGAGGCGGAGGCCGCGCACUACAUGCGCCAAGUGUGCGAGGGAGUGCGGCACAUGCACGAGCAGAACAUCAUACACCUGGACCUCAAGCCGGAGAACGUCAUGUGCACCACCAGGACCGGCACUGACGUCAAGAUCAUUGACUUCGGCUUGGCGACCAAGUUAGAUCCGAACGAAGUCGUCAAGAUAUCGACGGGCACGGCCGAGUUCGCGGCGCCGGAGAUCGUGGAGCGCGAGCCCGUCGGCUUCUACACCGACAUGUGGGCCGUCGGCGUGCUCUCGUACGUGCUAUUAUCUGGUCUCUCUCCGUUCGCUGGUAACAACGACAUCGAAACGCUGAAGAACGUUAAGGCGUGUGACUGGGAGUUCGACGAAGAAGCCUUCCAGCACGUAUCUGAUGACGCCAAGGACUUCAUCAGGAGGCUGCUUGUUAAGAACAAGGAGAAGCGUAUGACGGCCCACGAGUGCCUGGCUCACCGCUGGCUGGCCGGAGACGCGACCGCCGCCCGCACCGCCACCAUACAGGCGAGGAGAUAUGAACAGAUGAGGAACAGACUGCGGGAAAGAUACGAGAACUGGUCGUCAUUCGUGCUGCCGAUCGGAAGGCUCAGCGAGUACAGUUCCCUGCGCAAACUUCUCAUCGAGAAAUGGAAGAUAUACGACGGACAAUUCGACCGGCGGCAAGCGGCGCCGCGGUUCGUGAUCAAGCCGCAGUCGGCGUUCUGCUACAAGGGGCAGUCGGUGAAGCUGUACUGCCGCAUCAUCGCCGUGGCCGCGCCCACCGUCACGUGGUCGCACAACAACCGCGAGCUGCGCCAGUCCGUCAAGUACAUGAAGAGAUACGCCAACGACGAUUACUAUUUCAUAAUCAACCGCGCGAAGUUAGAGGAUCGCGGCGAGUACAUCAUCAGGGCUGAGAAUCACUAUGGCUUCAGAGAAGAAGUCGUCUUUUUGAAUGUACAACCGGUUCCCAAAGUGCAGAGACAGCACGUUUCCGAAGAGCCUCGUCGUCGCGAACCUCUGCCGUACACCUUCUGGCAGGAAUGGAGCGAGACAGCACCUUCCUUCACCUUCCAGCUGCGUCCGCGUGUGAUGCAGGCGAGGGAUACUUGCAAGCUGCUCUGCUGUCUGAGCGGCAAGCCCACGCCCACGGUUAAAUGGUACAAGGAUAAGCGCGAAUUGUCUAAAUACGACUACGCGAUGACGCAGUCUGACGGCGUGGUGACCAUGGAGAUCAUUGACUGCCGGCCGGAGGACAGCGGCAAGUACUCGUGCGUCGCCACCAACGUGCACGGAACGGAUGAGACCUCUUGCGUCGUCAUUGUAGAAGGUGAAGUAGUAAGCGAGGAGCAAGCUACGCUCGCACACAACCUCCUGUACUCGGGCGAAAGACGCUACAUCGAGAAACCCCUCAAACCUGCGCCUGCGCCGAUAAUCACCAAGACUAAGGUGACAAUCGACCCACCGGCGAAAUCAUCCGGUCCGCGUCCGAAGUUCUCACCUCAGACCUCAGUCGAGGCUAGCAAGCAGAAGAAAUACGGCGCUAAACUGGACUCUGACGCAGCUUCGAGAUCCAGGAGCGCGACGAAGGAACUAGUCUUACCAGCAUCAGAUUCAUCAAUGUGCAAGCCUUCCUUCGCCCGCUCAUUGCCAGACACCUUCGCCGCUAAAGAUGGUGCUCCUCUGCUACUGUCGUGUGCAGUUAGAGGAGACCCUGACCCAAGGGUCGAAUGGUUUAAGGAUGGCAAACCUUUGCAUUCUUCUGAGGUCGUCGACCUUAAAUACAAGAACGGCGUCGCGUCGCUGGUUAUUAACGAAGUGUUCCCUGAAGACGUGGGAGUUUACUCCCUGAAGGCGAUCAACAGCCAGGGAGAAGUCGAGACCAAGUGUAACGUGACCGUCAGAACGGACGGGCCGGCGGCGGGCGCGCCCAAGGACCGGCCGCCGCGCAUCGUGGACCACGCGCGCUCGCAGAACGUGCACGACGGGGAGCCCGUCACGCUGGCCUGCAGAAUCGCGGGCGCAGAGCGCUUCGACGUGGUCUGGCUGCACAACAACAAGGAGAUCAAGCCUUCCAAGGACUUCCAGUACUCGUGCGAAGCGAACAUCCACAAGCUGCAAAUCGCUGAGAUAUUCCCCGAGGAUGCCGGUGUAUACACGUGCGAGGCGUUCAACGACGCCGGCGAGUCGUUCUCGUCGUGCACGCUCGUCGUGUCGGUGUCGGGAGAGACGCCCGCCACGCCGCAGUACCGCGACUUCCCCGCCUCCACCACCGUCACUAGUGGAGAACCCGCCGUGUUCAGCGCGGAGCUGGAUAAGCCACCACUCCAACUCCAAUGGCUGAAGGACGGGAAACCGAUCGACGAGACAUCGAACCGAUACAAGUUCACAAUGGAGGGCACGUCGCGGUACCGCCUCGAGAUCGUGAAGUGCAACCCCGACGACGGCGGCCAGUACCAGGCGCGCGCCGUCGGCUCCAAGGGGGACUCGCUCGCCGCCUUCUACCUGAACGUAGUCGAUAACUAGAGGGGAACACGAGAAAUCUCAUUUCAUGGAC